GCACUUCUCUCAAUUUUAAAAAUCAAUCAUCAAAUUUUCCAUGCAAGAGGCCAUACCUUACAGAACAUACAACACGGUUGCCGGCGGCAGCCGUUCUCCGCCGCGGCGUGCUGGUGGUGGGUCCAGAGGUGGAGGGGAUGAGAUUAAUUUAACCAAAUUGGUAGUGGAGAAUGCGGUGGUGGUUUUUGGGAGACGUGGGUGCUGCAUGUGCCAUGUGGUGAAGAGGUUGUUGCUGGGGCAUGGGGUGAAUCCGGUGGUUUUUGAGGUGGAGGAAGAGAGAGAAGCCGCUGUGGUUAAUGAAUUGGGUGCAAUCAAUGGUGGGAAAAGGGGAGGAGGAGGAGGAGGAAAGGACGGCGGCGGAGUACAGUUUCCGGCGGUGUUUGUGGGAGGGAGGUUGUUUGGUGGGUUGGAUAAGGUUAUGUCUACUCAUAUUUCAGGUGAAUUGGUUCCCAUUCUGAAAGAUGCAAAAGCUCUCUGGUUGUAAUUAAUGAUUUUAGCGUUUAUUUUUUUCCCCUGUUUCUUCUAAUCUCGUUCUUUAAUUUUCUAUGUUCCUUCUAAAGAAAUUUGUUGAGGGGAGGAAUGCAGGAAAUUACUUGAAGUUCUAAUUCCUUGUUUCUAAUAUUUGGGUUUUGAAAGAUAAAAGAAUUUGAAAGUCGCUGAUCAAUUAGAUGGUUUUGCUUUACAAUUUGUGUAGAUUGAUCAUGUAAUAUAACCAUAUUCAAAAAAAUCUAUUUAAUGCAUUUUACUUUUUGAUAUAUGCUUUAUCUAUUCUUUUAGUUAAUAGAUGAGUUAUAUAUAC